AAAGGGCGACUCCUCCUCCUCCUCCUCCUCCUCCACACAAAUCGCCGCUGCCUUCGCCCCAAUUUUCUGCGCUCUCCUCCCCCUCUCGGUCUUCUCUCCCUCCCACCAUCUCGCGGCGAGCGAGAGAGAGAGAGAGAGAGAGAGAAGGAGAGACAGCGAGCGAGGUCCGACUUCCUCUCCCAGCCUCUCAAUCGCUUCUCCAAGGUCAAGUAAAGAUGGUCGAUCAAGGUCAACACCCAACUGUCAUGCAGAAGGUAGCUGGCCAGCUCCUUCUCCGCGCUAGUCUUUCUCAAGACAUGCGGGGCUGUGAUGGGGCUUUCCAGCGGCCUGCUUUGUACCAAAGGCGUGCAUAUGGAAAUUACACCAAUGCUGCAUUGAAUUAUCCAACAAUGCCAGCAUGUAGAGCCUCUGCUGACAUGUCCAUUGUUGCAUCAACAGCAUCUCCUGUAUUCAUUCAUGCCCCAAAAGAGAAAGGAUUUGCUAGCUUUGCUAUCGACUUCCUCAUGGGUGGAGUCUCUGCUGCCGUGUCGAAAACAGCUGCCGCUCCUAUCGAGCGUGUGAAACUUUUAAUUCAGAACCAGGACGAGAUGAUUAAGAGUGGUCGGCUGUCUGAACCAUACAAGGGCAUUGGCGAUUGUUUUGGGAGGACAAUAAAGGACGAGGGAUUCGGUUCCUUGUGGAGGGGGAACACUGCUAAUGUUAUCCGUUAUUUCCCCACUCAGGCCUUGAACUUUGCAUUCAAGGAUUACUUCAAGAGGCUGUUUAACUUCAAGAAAGACAAGGAUGGCUACUGGAAGUGGUUUGGUGGUAACUUGGCAUCAGGAGGUGCAGCUGGUGCUUCUUCCCUUCUGUUUGUGUACUCCCUGGACUAUGCCCGUACGCGUCUGGCCAAUGAUGCAAAGGCUGCCAAGAAGGGUGGAGGGAGGCAGUUCAAUGGUCUUGUUGAUGUUUACAGAAAGACACUGGCUUCUGAUGGUGUUGCUGGCCUUUACCGUGGUUUCAACAUCUCUUGUGUUGGAAUUAUUGUGUACCGUGGACUCUACUUUGGAAUGUACGAUUCUUUGAAGCCAGUUCUCUUGACUGGAACUUUACAGGAUAGUUUCUUUGCUAGCUUUGCUCUUGGCUGGCUCAUCACAAAUGGUGCUGGGCUUGCAUCCUAUCCAAUUGACACUGUUCGCAGAAGAAUGAUGAUGACCUCUGGUGAAGCUGUCAAGUACAAGAGUUCCCUGGAUGCUUUCUCCCAGAUUCUGAAGAAUGAGGGUGCCAAGUCUCUCUUCAAGGGUGCUGGUGCAAACAUCCUCCGUGCUGUUGCUGGUGCUGGUGUGCUUGCAGGCUAUGAUAAGUUGCAGCUGAUCGUAUUUGGGAAGAAGUAUGGAUCUGGUGGUGCCUAAGCACAAACACAAUCUCCAAUGUGCUGUUUAGAUAUUGACGUUGAUGAAAAUGAUCGAGCUCUUACUCUUUAGCCCGGCAAUUUUUUUGGUGAAAUAAUUCAAAUUUAGAGGGAGUUUCUCCCGAACAGUUGUUAUUCUUGGCUGGAAAUUUGACCCUAUAGACCGUGAUUUAUUGAAGCAGUAGUCUGUCAUUCUGCUGCUAGGAACUUAUAUCACAUGAUUUGGAGAAUCUUUUUCAUGAGGUGUUCUGUAGGUUUUAUCCGAACCGGGUUUUAAUCAUGUGGGAAGAGUCACAGCAUACUCUGUCA